CGCCCGCCGCAGUGGCUCUCCGUCUCUCCAGUGCAGAACAGUUCCCCAGCGGCUGCAUCCUGACGCUCAGCGCUCUCCGCCUGCCCAGGUCCCCAGCACAUGUAGUGCAACUCAUCACUGGAACGCCUUUGCAUCAGCAGCACCCUGGAAGAAGCUCUGUGAUGUUGUGGGUCACGAGUUUGCUCUGGGAGAUUGAACUCUUGACAAGGAACAGCUAGAUUUGAAGACGAGGAUGGAAGAGCCAGCACCGGGGGAAGGCCAGAGUCAGCUCCCAAGCCCCCACCACAGCUCCCUGAGGAAAGCCAUGGCGGCUGCUCUGGUCCUCGAUGGGGAAUCCACCAUGGGGCGCAGGAAAAAGAAGAGGAAAGAGUCCCGCCCAGAAUCUAUCAUCAUCUACCUGUCAGAGAGUGAGACACUGGAUGAGGAGCCUGGGGAGUCAGAAGGUGGGGAUCAGCCUAAAGAGGAGGAGGGAGAUGAUUUCCUAGACUGUCCUGUGGAUGAUGGUGUGUGGAACGUGCCUGUGGACAGCCGCUAUGUCACAUUAACUGGGACCAUCACCCGAGGAAAGAAAAAGGGGCAGAUGGUAGACAUCCAUGUCACAUUGACAGAGAAGGAACUGCAGGAACUCACUAAGCCCAAGGCAUCGUCAAGGGAAACGACGCCUGGAUGCAGAAAGGCCUGCCAGCUGGGAGCAGACCGUGGGCCACACGUGGUCCUCUGGACGUUGGUCUGCCUGCCUGUGGUUUUCCUCCUCUCCUUUGUGGUCUCUUUCUACUAUGGCACCAUCACUUGGUACAACAUCUUUCUCGUGUACAACGAGGAGAGGACCUUCUGGCACAAGAUCUCCUGUUGCCCCUGCCUCAUCCUCUUCUAUCCAGUGCUCAUCAUGGCCAUGGCCUCUUCCCUGGGCCUCUACGCGGCCGUGGUCCAGCUCUCAUGGUCCUGGGAAGCCUGGUGGCAAGCUGCCCGGGACAUGGAGAAAGGCUUCUGUGGUUGGCUAUGCAGUAAGCUGGGUCUGGAAGACUGUUCUCCCUAUAGCAUUGUGGAGUUGCUUGAAUCAGACAAUAUCUCAGGCAAUCUGUCCAACAAGGAUGCCACCCAGGAGGUAGAAACAUCCACUGUCUAAAUUCCCAAUGACUUACUUCAUUCUCUGGUCUUAGUAGCCUGUUUAUCAUCCUCCAAUUCCAGAAUACUCCUUGUUUAAAUUUUUCCUUCUCUCCCCACUGUACACUGUUCUUCUGGAAAAUUUUAGCCCACACUUAUCUGUCCUACCAUCUUGUUGGUUUCCAGGAGGGCAGGAAACAGAAAAGCAAUUUGUGCCCAAAUAGUCCAGGCAAUGGCACCCCACUCCAGUACUCUUGCCUGGAAAACCGCAGGGAUGGAGGAGCCUGGUAG